AUGACGGAGGAACAGCUUUCUUCAACUUCCAUUUCAGAGCAAAUCACUCUGGAUCCUAAAACUGCCCAUCCUGGAAUCAUCUUAUCCGCAGAUAGGAAAACAAUGAGAGGAAACGAUGCAUGGAAGAAGUUGUAUUGUGAUGUGGAACAAUCUGAUCAAAGUAGUCCUGUUCUAGCAACUCAGAGCUUCAAGUCUGGGAGACAUUAUUGGGAAGUGACAGUGGGAAACAGUUCUGCUUGGGAUGUUGGUCUUUGUGAGAACUCUGUAAAAAGAAAGGGAAUAGUUGCACCAUGUUGUUCUACUGGAUACUGGCUUUUGAGUCUGAGACAAAGUUAUUAUCUAAUCUGUACUAUACCUAGGACCAGAAUUCCCUUAACAGGGAAACUCUACAAAGUGGGGAUCUUUCUGGAUUAUGACAUGGGAGAUAUAGUGUUUUAUGAUGUAGACAGGAGAUGUCAUAUCUAUACAUUCACCAGCUCCUUUUUAGAGCCUCUCAUCCCUAUAUUUUCUAUCGGCCUCAACUCUAAGAAUGAAAAUAUUUUGUCGAUAGACCCAAUAUCAGAUGAGGAUGAAGAAACCCUAGAGGAUGAGUAUGACAUUUGCCUGGAAACUUCCUUCAGAGAGGAGCCCAGCCUGUGACUACCAUACAUGACUUUUUCCCUUCUAUAUUGUGAUGAACUUCAUUUUGGGAACAGGGAGUUUUGUUAUUUUGUAAUAUUCAUGCAAGGAACUGCAUACAAGAGGGAGGUCAGUAUAAGAUAGAUUGAAGGUCAAUACUCAAGAGACAGAAUUUGCUCCAUAAACAAUGUGAGUUUAGAAAAUUCAAGAAUGAGGAAGUUUAUUUCCAAAAGACAGAUGGAAAGAACCCACCAAAGAAUCAAAAGUAGACAUUACAAAAUCAUAAAGAUCGAACAAGACUCAAGUGAAGACAUAUGAGAAAACAUUUCCAAUCUACAACUUGGUGGCAGUGGGAGAUCCACAGAUGUUUUAUGCUGCACAUGUUUUGGGGCUUUUUCAAUCUAUUGAUCAAUUAUGCUGAUUUCCCCCUCUCUAAAAGCCAAAUAAACCAUUAUUUGUUUUAUGGAAUGACUCUGAAGGAGAGUUGGGAGGGGGGAUACCAUACAUGGAAGACUAUGGUCAUGUAAGAAACAGAAUCAAUAAAAAUUAUUGUUUAAA